UCGGUUGCUAAGAGACGCCUAGCUAAGCUAAGUAACAGGACUAAACUUGAUUUCGAGAAUGUUUUACCAAAAAUAAAACGAUUAGAGAUACAUUUUGGGGUUCGUGCUGACGAAUUUUGUAUUUUUAUGAACCGCAUUAUACCAUGGUGAAGCUGAGAGCGAGGUGCAUUGUAGUCGGAGAUUCGGCCGUGGGGAAAAGUGCCCUGAGUCAGAUGUUCCGCAGCGACGGAGCCCAUUUCCAGAGGAACUACAGCAUGACUGCGGGAGUGGAGCUUCUGGUGAAAUCUGUGAAUAUCCCAGACAGCAGCGACAGUGUGGAGCUGUUCAUUUUCGACUCUGCUGGGAAGGAGACCUUCGCAGAACCAUGUGAGAAGCUGUGGGGGCAGCCGUCAGUGCUGUGCCUAGUCUUUGAUCUGACCAGUGAGGCGUCGUUCAGGAAUUGCGGUCGCUGGUUGGAGCGGGUGAGGACAAACAGCCAGGGCCAGCAAGUCCCAGGGGUGCUCGUGGGCAACAAGUCGGACCUCUCGUCGCGGCGGGAGGUGGAGAAGGCCGUGGCCCAGAACUGGGCCCAAAGCCAGGGCCUAGAGUACCACGAGACCUCGGCUAAGGAGACUGAGAACUGCGAAGCCCCCUUUGUCAGUCUCGCCCAAGCUUUCUACAGCAUGUACCAGGACCGGAUUCAGGUGAUCCACAGCCUGGCCUAAAUCUGCAAAUCCCGCACACUCUCCACACCCAAAAGUAACAUAAACCUGGACUGGAAUCUUCCGCCAUGGCUUUCAGGAGCUUUGAAGUGCAGAGACUUCAGUGUCAUUCUGUUAAUGAAUUUCUGUAUAUUUAUAAUUUUGUAAUUCUAUUUGAGCUUUUACAUCACUAAAUUUGUUGUUGUCAGACUCUUAUUAAAAAGCGAGUUGUUUUUGUUACCAUUGGUGGCGUUUUUUGAUCAACCAGUAACAGCACUUGCCAUGACAGCCUCUGAUGCACUGUAGACUUCAUCUCGUAAUGAAUGUUUUUUCUCGGUGGUGGAUAAAGGGGUGUGGGUUGUAACGAAACUCUGAGCUCAGUUCUUAGGAGGUACCCUGCUGUUGGAUACCGUCAUCAUUUAACUUUGUUCAGCAAAGCAGCAGUCGUAGAAAGAGUUUAAAAUCAUGUGACCGUGAGGACGGCUUGGCAGUCUACAAAUGCCAAAGGAAAAAAAAUGAAUUUCCUCUGUUUUCCCAUUUCACUGGUUCUGCAGCAGGUCCAGCCUAGUUAAACUUUAACCCGCUGACCUGACAGAGGGCACUUGGCUGUAUUUGUGAUGUGUGCUAUGAUAUAAUGGAUUUUAAACAGUAUGUUAUAUCAUAUGCCCCAGUGCAUUGUGGGAAAACAUGUUGGCUGGUCAGAAAAAAAAACUGUGAACUUCUGUGUCCUCCUGGGAUGGUGAGAUGUUCCCAAUGUGUGUCACGUGAAAUUCCAGCACAGCACUAUAUAUCCUUGGAUAUUUUCAGAAGUUCCGCCUUUGGCCAAUAAUGAAAAUAAAGUUAUUCUCAAAUUUAAUU